GAUGUCAUUCACAAUGUGCAAAGUUGUGAUUCUUUCGUUAAAUUGAUUACCUCAUUUGAGUCGAUAGCAAUUUCUAGAGGGACGAAUCCACAAAAAAAAAUGCCAUAUUUAGAAACCGUUUUACAUCAUACCAAAGAUGUAGAGAAACUUGAAGUUGCUUAUAAUUUGAUUAUUCCACAGGGAUUUGCAUAUGCCUUGCGACGGACGACAGAAAUGAAGGACAGGCUUAACUAUCUCAGUUGUUGUCUUGAUGCUUUCAAAGGUCAAAUUCCUACGGAUAUUCUAGUUAAGCCUGGAAACAAUGCCCCCUCAAUAGCAGCACAUAAAUCUCUUCUGUCAGCAAAUUCUGUUGUCUUCAAGUUCAUGUUGGAUUCAGAUGGGUGCAAAGCUCCACCAGGUCACACAAUAACACUGGAAGAGCUGAGCUACUUGGAGCUGCGUGCUCUGCUGGAGUUUCUUUAUAGAGCAGGAUUGCCUGAAGAGAAACUGGAAACACAUAUCUACGCAUUAUCAGUUGCGGCAGACAAGUAUGAAAUCAAAUUAUUGCAGAUACGCUGUGAGAACCAUAUGUUGACAACUUUAAACACGUCGAAUGCUCUCGAGCAUUUGGAGAUCUCGGACACACAUAAAUCUUACCCGCAUUUAAAGGUGGCAGCCAUGAGCUUCAUCGUUAAUAACGUCGAAGGAAUUGUUUUCACACCUAAAUUUGAUUCAUUUGCAGUCAAGAAUCCUCAUCUAGCUCUACAGAUUACAAGGGCUUCCGUCAUCGCCACUAAUAAACAGAAGAAACGGAGAGUUUGAGACCUAUGCACGAUAUGUAUGUUUCACUCACCUAAGUACAGAAGUUUUCAUCGUUAACUUAUGUUAGUAUUAGUUAUAUACAGUGACAACUUAAUUUUUUUUUGUUCCUUUUAAUGUAAUUAAACAUGUUAUUGCAGGUUGUCUCUCUAGUUUUGGUUGUUAUUAAUUUGACUUAUUACUGUGGCUUGAAAACAGAAGGGGAAAAUACUAAAAGAA